AUUAAAACUUACGCGCCUAAAAUGGCUAAAAUAAGGCGCGAAACCUGAAGAGCCCUAGCUCGAAGGUUCCUUCUCUUAUCCUCAACCUCGCGAUUCGUUAUUCGGACCCUACCCAGACGAUUCGUUAUUCGCAUCAGUAAUGGAAGAAAUUGGAGGAGCUGAAGCAGUGAUAAAUCUCAAAUCUGGAUAUUCGCUACCAAUUUCUUAUCACCCAUGUUUUGGGCCUCACGAGGAUCUACUUCUUCUUGAAGCUGAUGACAAACUCGUCUCUGAUAUCUUUCAUCAAAGGGUAACAUUGAGAGGACUUCCUGAUGAAGAUGCUGUUCUUUGCACCAAGUCUAAGACUUAUGCUAUCAAAUUUGUUGGUAAUUCUAAUUCCAUGUUCCUUAUUCCUCCUUCAAUUUUUCCUGGAGAUGCACAAGUUUCUGAUACCAACAACAAUGUAUCGGUUCUCAAAAUCGCUCCUGGUAAUAUGGAACUUGUUGAGGCUUCUCCUAGGCUUGAUAAACUUAAGCAGAUUCUCUUGGCAAAUCCUUUUGGUGCUGGUGAAGUUGAAGCUAUGAUGGAUGUUGAUAAUGAUGACUUAGACCAUAGUGGGAAGAAAGAUCUAGCGUUGUACACUUGGAGCGAUUUGGUUAACACGGUUCAAGCGAGUGAUGAGGAGUUACGCAAUGGCUUGCAGAGUCUUUCUGCUAUUGAGAUUGAUGGUUUCUGGAGGGUUAUAGAUGAGAAUUACCUAGACGUGAUUCUGAGAAUGCUUCUUCAUAACUGUGUAUUGAAAGAUUGGUCAUUUGAUGAUCUUGAUGAAGAUGAAGUUGUGAAUGCUUUGGUAGCUGAUGAGUUUCCUAGUCAACUAGCGAGUCACUGCUUGCGUGUGUUUGGCUCUAAAGUUAAUGAAACUGAUAAGUGGAAGUUGGAACCGAGGCUUGUGUGUUUGCACUUUGCUAGACAGAUACUGAGAGAAGAAAAGAUGAGACUAGAGAGUUUCAUGGAAGAGUGGAAGAAGAAGAUACCAGAUGGGAUGGAAGAAAGAUUCGAGAUGCUUGAAGGAGAGGUUUUAACAGAGAAAAUCGGGAUCGAGACACGGGUCUAUACGUUUAGUGUGCGCUCUCUGCCUUCAACUCCAGAAGAAAGGUUUUCAGUACUCUUUAAACAUAGAUCAAAAUGGGAAUGGAAAGACUUAGAGCCUUACCUAAGGGAUCUUCAUGUUCCUAGACUAUCUAUGGAAGGGUUACUUCUGAAAUACACACGCAGAGCACAACCUAAAGCUGAUGCACCACCUGUCUUUAGUGCAAGAUAAGAUAGUUUCUCUAUUUCUAAAACCUUCGGUUUCUUUGUUUUGUGUUAUUUGAUAUUUUAGAAGUGAAAUUACAGGUCACAGAUCAUCCAGUUUCUUAACUAAUUGGUUAAAACUAUAUUUAUUGGCUGGGCCCAAAAUUGAAGAGAAUAGGCCCUGGAUCUGGUUGUCUUGUUAGGCCUAGUCUUUGUCAUGUCUAGUAAUUAUACAGUACAACGUUAAAUAAAUGAAAAACAUGUUACUUGUUUUGUGCAGAGCAAGAGACUUUGGUUUUGUUACUUUGUUUGAUUGAGUGUAGUCGAAAAUU